UGUCAUAAGGCAGCUGCAGCGGGACAAAUUAAAGAGAAGAAGUAGGCCGGCUAACCUUAAAUUUUUUAUAUAUUAAAAAAAUUCGUAAUGUUUUAUAAGUCCUAAUAAUUUUUUUUCAAAUAAAAAAUGGGUUACAACUUACAAUCUGAAAGUGAAGUAAAACAGUAUGUUCAAAAUUUAGGAACUGAAUACAGAUUUGGAUGUUACAGUGAAAAAAAACCUGAAGUUUGUCAUUUACUGGCGGAUUUCUUAGAGGCAAUAAAAAAGGACUAUGAAAAAGCAGGAAAAGUCUAUAAAAAUAAUUGCGAUGAAUACAAGUAUGCAAAAAGCUGUUUAAAAUACGGAGGUUAUAGUCUUAUUGGUAAGGGUGGGUUAAAAGCGAAUUAUCACACUGCAUAUGACUAUUAUGAAAAAGGAUGUAAUUUAGAUGAACCAAGUGCUUGUUUCAAUCAAGGUCUUUUACUUAUAACACAGAAUGAACAACAUGGAUUGAAACAGGAUAUUGUAAAGGGUCUACAUUUGUUAGAAAAGGCUUGUUCCGGGCUGAAUGGUGUAGCUUGUUAUUAUUUAUCAGGACUUUAUAUAACAGGAGCCAAAAAUGGACAUAAAGUAGGUGAUAAAUCUGUAAAAGAAUUUGAUGUUCCUCGUAACAUGAAGAAAGCCUUCCAGUAUGCGUUGGAGGGUUGUAAUCUCGGUAAUAUGUAUAGUUGUGCAAAUGUAAGUCAGAUGUAUGCGAAAGGCGAUGGUACUGAAAAAAAUGAAACUUUAGCCAAAGAAUAUAAAGCAAAGGCACUUGAACUACAAAAUGAACAUGAUACUACAAAGGAAAGUCAAACUUUAAAAUUUGGAGUUGGAUUAGAUUAAUUGCUGAUUCGGAUUGUUCAAUAUUUAAUAGUAACAAAAUUGUGAUUAUUGUUUUUGUUAAAAAAAUUGUACACAUGUAUAUAUAAAAUGUGUAAUUAUACUUUAAAAAGAAUACAUGUUUUUGUACAGUAUUUAGACAUUUAUAGUAAAAAUGUUAAUAUAAAAUAAUAGAAACCAA